AUGUAUUAUAAUUACUACUCUCGUAUUCAUUAUGUUUAACCUAAAUAACCACAACAAUGUUGCAAUCCCUACAUUGUAUCACCCAGAAUGUCCGUCAUCCCCACUUCCAUAAAACAAAUGAGAGAAUCCAUACAAAUACCAUACAAUUAAGAUAUCAUGAAGGCAAGUGCCAUCCUAGAAGUGGGCCAACGAACUCGUAAUACUCAUUACAAACAGCGAUUAGAGGAGUUGUAUCUCAAGUACGAGGAUGGUUGCAUUUAUAGGGGUUAAGGCAUUCCACCCUCGCAAAGACAUGGCAUGGGAGUCUUGUUCAACACCGAAAAUCAAGAGGUCUAUUCUGGAGAAUGGUUCAAUAAUCUCUAUGAAGGAUUUGGAAUCUUGGUCAAUCAAUCCCCACGUGUUAUCAAACAUAAAAUUGACCCCAAAGAUUUAAACACCAUUGAAGAUGGAUGGCAUGACUACAAAGGCUAUUUUAAAUCAAAUAAAAUGCAUGGCGAAGGCAUCCUAACACUUACAAAUGGUCAGAAAUUUGAAGGCCAUUUUAUUAACGGUAUGAUUCAUGGAAAAGGACGCUUUUAUGGAGAUCAAAUCAUCGUCGGAAAUUGGUUUGAAGGUGUUUUAAUUUGA